UCGAAUUGGCAUUUUGGUUCACGUGAUCGGGAAACGCGUUUCGCGGCAAAAAGGCUCUUGGAAUAAUAACGGGUUUCUCGGAUGCGGCCCUCUCGGUUCGAAAGCUUUUUCAAAAUCGUAUCUUGCAGAUGCUUGAAACGUUAAACCGUUUAGUCACCAAAACAAUAACACUUAAACAAAAAGUACCUUAAACAUUUGUAAAAUAUACAGCCUUGGUUUGGGCAUAGAGUUUUAAUUAAACGACUUAAACUCCAGCCGGUUCAAAGCAGUUUAAGCCGCUCCGUAUCUUACCUUCACCAACAACAAUAACAACCAUUGCAACAGCAACACCUGAAAAUCAGCAUAAACUCAAUUGUCGUCCAGUGAAUUGAACCGAAGUGAAGGUGUAAAAAACCCCAGUGUGUACAAAGAAUAUCGAGUUUAAGAAGUCGCUAAAACAAAACCGGUUGGAUUUCCCCUGACAAAAUGGAAACGUCGCAUAGGAACCACCAGAAUCCAGCCUUUGUGGGCGACGAUGGACGCAGUACGGCCAGCACAGUGGAUAUUUCGACCAACAAUCCUGCCCUGCGAGAUAAUUCCGCUGACCAGGAGGCGGGAAAAUUGCCAGAGGAGCGUGCCACGUGGGGCAAGGGCGUGGAGUUUCUCAUGUCCUGCAUCGCCAUGUCCGUGGGCCUCGGAAACGUGUGGCGCUUCCCCUUCACCGCCCUCGACAAUGGCGGCGGAGCCUUCCUCAUUCCCUAUCUCAUUGUCCUGUUCCUGAUUGGCAAACCGAUUUACUAUCUGGAAAUGGUAAUCGGCCAGUUCUCCAGCCGCGGCUCGGUUAAAGUGUUCGAUUUGUGUCCCGCCAUGAAAGGUGUUGGAGCCGGCCAGGCGUUCCAGGUGUUCAUGCUCAGCACUUACUAUGCCGCCCUGGUAGCGAUAAUUGGCCGAUAUUUCAUUGAAUCAUUCCGCAACCCAUUGCCCUGGGCCACAUGCCGAGCGGAAUGGGGAACCCACUGCAUUAACUCAGCCCCCGAAGCGGGUAAUUGGUCCCAAGUGGAGAGCGAUGAUCUGCCCCAGCAAAAUUACACAAUGAAAUCAGAAAAUGAUCGGGUCAUCACCAGUUCGGAAUGGUACUUUGUUAAGGAAGUGCUGCACGAGAAGCCGAACAUCGAGGAUGGAAUUGGCCUGCCAAACUGGGAACUGGUCAUCGGACUUUUCGUCGCCUGGGCUUGUGUGUUCUUCAUUAUUCGUCGUGGAGUGAAGAGUUCGGGAAAAGCCUCCUACUUCCUGGCCCUCUUUCCCUAUGUUAUCAUGGGUGUGCUUUUGGUGCGAGCUGUAACACUGCCAGGAUCCUUGGACGGCAUCUACUACUUCAUCAGACCGCAAUGGGGAAAAAUCCUCGACCCGAAGGUCUGGUACGCGGCUGUGACACAGUGUUUCUACUCCCUCUCCGUUUGUUUUGGCAACAUCAUCAUGUACUCCUCGUUCAACAAGUUCGGACACAAUGUGCAUAGAGAUGCGGCAAUUGUCACGGGUCUGGAUACAAUGACCUCCCUGCUGGCAGGAUUCACGAUUUUCGGCAUCCUUGGACAUUUGGCUCACGAAAUCGGAACCGACGACAUUGGCUCUGUGGUGAAAGGUGGCGCCGGUUUGGCCUUCAUUUCGUAUCCCGAUGCCAUUGCCAAGUUCAAGCAACUGCCUCAGAUCUUCUCGGUGCUGUUCUUCCUCAUGCUCUUCGUUUUGGGCAUAGGAUCGAAUAUUGCUAUGACUUCCUGUUCGGUUACUGCGAUUCGUGAUCGGUUCCCCAACUUUAAGCAAUGGCAAUGUUCGCUGCUCAUUGCGGUAGUCAGCUUUUUUAUCGGUCUGAUGUACAUUACUCCGGGUGGUCAAUAUAUGCUAACCCUAGUGGACUUCUUUGGCGCUUCGAUGAUUGCUUUGGUACUGGGAAUCGCUGAACUUUAUACUGUUGGUUGGAUUUACGGCACCGAUCGUCUUUGCAAGGAUAUUGAGUUCAUGUUGGGUCGCAAAGUUGGUCUUUACUGGAGACUCUGCUGGAGUAUCAUCACCCCGCUGAUCAUGACUGUCAUUUUGAUCUACUUCUAUGCGACAUACGAACCCCUGACCUACAACAAUAUUAUUUAUCCAAAUUGGGCUUACAGCAUUGGCUGGAUGAUCACAGCCUUUGGCAUACUUCAACUACCCAUUUGGAUGAUUGUGGCCAUUAUUCGAGACCCAGGACAAACUUUGGGCGCCAAAAUCAUCGGUGCUUUUACGCCUAAGAAAAAUUGGGGACCUCUGGAUCCUCUGCUUCGAGAGCAGUAUAACAAGGAAAUCGAAAACGAUCUAGCCCCAAAAAGAGGUCGGGGAAUAUGGGCGGCCAUUAAGCAGAAUAUCUUUGGUUGAACCAUGCUCAGCUGGGAUAAAUUGACUUCCCAUGUAAAUAAUCCAUUAUAAUUUUAAGUAAAAUGAAUUUAAAAGAUCUUGUAUAAAUCUUAAGUCUGCCAAUAAACUUUAUAAGAAUCCACACAUAUAGAUAAUAUACCUUUUGGCCAUUAAAAAUGUAUUGGAAGGCUUCGUAUUUAUUAAAAUUCUCUAAAUUAAACUGAA